AUGGUGCAAUUGAAGCACCAAAAGCCCUUACACUCGCCCAAAGUUACUGUAUGGGCAGCUUUAUCAGCCAGUGGAAUUAUCGGUCCGUAUUUUUAUGAGGAUCAGAGAAGCCGUCCCGUUACCGUCAACACACAGCGAUACAUUGCCAUGCUACAGAACUUUUUUGCUCCAGCAUUACAGGACUACUCUGGUUUUAAUCAACGGACAUGGUUUCAACAAGAUGGGGCUACAUGUCACACCUCCAACGACUCAAUAGCAGCGGUUCGUGAAAUUUUUGGGCAAAAAGUCAUAUCCAAAAGAGGUGACAUUAACUGGCCACCCCGCAGCCCGGAUUUGUCACCAAUGGACUUUUUCCUUUGGGGAUACCUCAAAAGUAAAGUUUUUAAUAACAACCCUCAGUCUAUUGAAGAAUUAAAAGAAAAUAUACGCGAGGAAAUUCAGAACAUUUCUCCAAACACUUGUCGGGCGGUGAUGGAAAAUGUCCGCUCUAGAUUACAGGAGUGCCAAAUUAAACAAGGGACACAUUUGGACGACGUUAUUUUUAAAAAAUAA